AUGGAAGACGCAUACAUUAAUUUCGACUGGCUAACAGCACCGCAACUCGAUGACUUUGUGUCGUCACUCGGUGUUCUUUUAGACGACCUCCUUUCACACCAACCCGCCCAGGGCCGCAGUGAAGCAGCUCAAGCUAGGUACCGCAGGUGGACAUUGGAAAAUCCAGAGAUACUGGAGCAAAUCGCUGUAGUAGGAAAUAUAAGAUCAACAGCUAAGCGUUGGCAAAAGAGCCGACACGAUUUGGCUAGGGCUGACUGGAAGAAGGCAAGGGACAAGGAAUGGAGAAGGUUCAAUGCACAGGGCGGACUGAGAAUGGUGCUGAUAAGCAUCUUGUUGGAGAAGAAUCUGAAGGUUGUUUUCCUCCAGGGGGAACCGGGGUGGGCUGUGGAGAAAGUUUGGGAUGGUGGUUCAAGUCUCCGAGAUACUUGGCACCCUCGUUACGAUUAA